GCUUUCUUGCCCCAUUCACUCGUCCUCCUUUCCCCAGUCUUCCCUUGCCGCAUCUUUGUCUUCCACAAACAGCCCUGUCUUUGAUCUUCAUCCUUCUCCCUCCAUGGACGAUGGCAGCCUGCAUAUUGUCAUGCUCCCAUGGCUAGCCUUCGGCCACCUGCUUCCGUUCAUGGAGCUCUCCAAGCGCAUGGCCCAACAUGGCCAUCGCGUCUCCUUGCUCGUCACCAAGAGAAACAUACAGAGGCUCCCCAGAGUUCCUCCCCAUCUCUCUUCUCUCCUCCAGUUUGUCGAGCUUCCCAUGCCAAGCAUCGAACACCUGCCGGAGAACGCAGAGGCGUCGAUCGACCUUCCGUCCGACGAGCUCAGACCGUACCUGAGGCAGGCCUUCGACACCUUCCAACACCAGUUAUCCAGCUUCCUCCGGCAAACGUUGCCCCGCGUGCCCGAUUGGAUCGUCUUCGACUACGCCGCCUACUGGGCGCCCCGAGUGGCCGCCGAGUUCGGCGUGCCGUGCGCCCAUCUUAGCAUCUUCAACGCCGCGGUGCUGAGCUUCAUUGGGCCGUCCGCAUCGUUAAUGGGCUGUGAAGGCGUGAGGGCGACGCCUGAGCAGUUCAUGGAGCUGCCUGAGUGGGUUCCUUUCGAGUCCACCAUGUUUUACAAGCCCUACGAGGCUCGCGAGCUCUUCAAGCCCUGCGUUCUGCCGGACGCCUCCGGUGUGUCAGAAACUUAUCGGUUCGGUAGGACCUUGGAAGAUUGCCAAUUGAUAGCUGUUCGGAGCUGCCCAGAGUUCGAAACAGAUUGGCUUCACCUUCUCGGGAAGCUACACAAAAGACCAGUGAUUCCCGUAGGAUUCUUCCCUCCCUCACCUCCGGAAUCAGAAACCGAUGCAGAAAGCGAAAGCAGGUGGCGCAGCAUCUUGCAGUGGCUAGCGAAACAAAAGCCAGAAUCAGUCGUUUACGUCGCAUUCGGCAGCGAGGUAAAGCUGACAAGCUCUCAAGUGCAUGAGAUUGCUCUCGGCCUGGAGCGAUCCCAAUUACCCUUCGUUUGGGCACUGAGAGCACCGGCAGACUCGCACGGCGGCCCCGCCGCGCUGCCGGAAGGAUUCGAGGAGCGGACGCAGGGGCGCGGGCUGGUGUGCUUGGGUUGGGUCCCUCAAGCCCGGCUCCUUGCGCACCCGUCCAUGGGCGGAUUCCUGACGCAUGCCGGUUGGAGCUCGAUCAUCGAAGGGCUCGCGCUCGGGCUCCCGGUCGUGCUCAUGCCGCUGCUGUUCGAUCAAGGUCUGAAUGCAAGAAACCUGGUCGAGCGGAAGAUUAGCGUGGAGGUGCCGCGGAACGAGGAAGAUGGAUCGUUCACAGGAGAGGGGAUAGCGACGACCUUGAGGUUGGUCAUGGUAGAAGAACAAGGUCAGCCACUGAGAGCAAAGGCCAAGGAGUACAGAGAGGUGUUUGGAGACGAGAAGCUGCAUGAUCGACAUGUGUGGGAAUUCCUCAAAUACUUGAUAGAACAUAGAAGACAACAAGCUUAACUCAGCUACAAUCGAUAUGAGAUCUCAGUCUUGUCGUCGCUGUUCUCUGCUUUAUUCGUGUUGUUGGAUUCUCCUCGGUCACAUGAAGCUUGGUGUCAACGUUACUUACUGCUCUGACCCCAAAGCUUCACCGUCUACUAGUAAUUCCAACUUGGACUCUGGAUUUUAAUGGAGAAUCACAUGCUCCAUCCAAUCUUCUUAAAUACUUAUCCACCAAAACCUCUGUGACUGUCUUACGCACGCAAUUACUUUUCCAUUAUGUCGUCAAGUUCAUUACAGUUUCUUGAUGUUGUUGGUGUUCCAAUCAGUUGAAUGGCAACAUUGUGAGUCUUGAUGAGA